CCCUUGUCGUUAAUUUACGGUUUUUUCAGAAUAUAACAACUUCUCCACACUCAGAGAACCAAUAUGGGAGCGACGCAGUCCAAGUCUGAGCCUAUUAUCUUUUACAAUCAGAACGUACCUCUUCAGUUCUCUCAAGGACUUGUGGACUCGCUCGAAGCUCGCAAGCCCAAGAGUGCUGCCACAGAUGCUCCUAAAGCUCGACCUGAGGAAAUUGAAGCCAUUGUUCGUCAACGUGUCGAGGAGGAAUUGAAGCGUGCACAACAACAGCAGGAGGAGGUCAACAAACGCGCCUAUAACGAAUUGUCAAAAAAGAACAUUGAAAAUGAUCACAAUUCCGUCGUCAUGAACUCGGACAUUGAGACCAUGAUUCAGAGAAUCAAGCGAUCGCCCGCCAAGGAGGUUCCCGCAGAGAUUAUUGAACGUCAGGAAGCUGUUGUUUUAUGCUACAAGAACAACCAAUCCCGACCGCUCGACUGCUGGGAGGAAGUAGAAGCAUUCAAGGAAUCUGUGACCGAAGCGCAGAGAAAGUUCGUUGCUGCCCAUCAAUAAAACCGAUCCAUGAAGAUCACCACGUUAUUUAUAGACAACUAUACACACCAUGGUCCAUGUAUUCGAAGCGCAUGUAGGGCUUGAAAUCCAUUUUUUUCGUUGUAUCAAUUGCAGUUGUGUUAUGACAAAGGGCAAGUUAUUCGCGUGUUGGUUGCCUGUUUGCGAUUGAGACUAGUAAAUCGUUUUAUUGCAUUGUGGGGUUUGAUUAAACUCUAGACCAAAACCAUACUGUUGUUCAAACCGCUCGGUCUUGGAAGGCGUUUUGAUUGGGACAGAGAAUAUUUAAUCGUAGAGCGGAGUGGACAAAAAGGACAAAUUGGACGAUGCGUGGCAUAGUGCUGUUAGUUCGUUCGUUUGGUCAAAAUUCCCGUGACAAGAGACACUUCCAUAAGAAAGUUCCAGUUGAC